AUGUCAAGUUUAGCCAAAUCAUAAAUUUCCAAGCACAUCUCUAAGAUCAAGGGUAAAUAGGGUGCUGGUAAAGCAAGAACACUCUUGUAAGGCAAGGGUUAAAAGAAUGGCAAUAAGAUAGGUGAGGCUACAGCCAAGAAAAUGAUGCAAAAAGCAAGCAAUAAAAAGGAGAAGAAGCGUAGUAAGGCAAUGGAAGAGGAAAUUGAUAGUGAUAUUGCUGAUGAUAUUGAGAUGGAUGAAGAAGAAGAGCAGACUUUGAAUAAGAAGUCGAAUGCUAUUGCUAAUGAUCAGUUUUUUAUGCAGCCAACAGAGGAUUAAAAUGAAACAGUGGAGGAGAGGAAACUUCGCAUGACUAAGCAAUUACUAUAGGAAUUGCAGGCACCUGACUCAAAGCAUAAUGACUUUUUUGAGACACUUUAGACUAAGGGGGAUGCAGAAGCUGAGAUAUUCGAAGCAGAGGAUGAUAUUCUGACCAGGAGACUAAAGUAUCAGAUAUUAGAGAAGAAGGGCAAACUGUUUUACAAUAUUGCUAAUGACUAUGCUGGCAGUGGAGAAUUCGAUAGAGUCUUCUUGAAGGGUCACAAGAAAGCAAUUACUGCUAUGGAGUGGAGCACUGACAAUAAGAGCUUGUUUACUGCUUCCAAGGAUUGCUCGCUUAUUUAGUGGGAUCUUGAAAGUCAAAAGAAAUUAUUCUUCAAGGGAGAAAAACACAAUAGAGCAAUAUAAGGGCAUUUUGAUGAGCCAUUAUGCAUGGCAGUAUCUCCAAACGGCAAAUACCUAGUUAGUGGAGGCAAAGACAGAGUAGUCAGAAUUUGGGAUAUUCACAAUCAAUAGCAAAUCUAAACAUUCAUUGGCCACAGAGACUCUAUCACUAAUGAUCAGUUUUACACAGUGUCAAAUGACAGAAGCUUGAAGGUGUGGAAUAUUAGGGAGAUGGCUUACAUGGACUCUCACUAUGGUCACUAGAGCGACAUUCUAGGACUGGACGCCUACUCACAAGAUAGACUAUUAAGUUGUGGACUAGACCGACAAGUGAUCUUCUGGAAAAUAAACGAAGACUCUGAGUUGCUAUACAGAAAUGAGAAGCACACAGUAGACACAAUAAACGUGAUUAACAAUCAGUUUUUCGUGACAGGGUCCAGCGACAACUGCCUUGACUUGUGGAUUAUGAACAAGAAGAAGCCAAUUUUCACUCUGGACAAGCCCCACACUGAUGACUCAUGGGUCCUCUCUACUGCCAACGUUAGAAACAGCGACUUACUGUGCAGUGGAUCAUACGAUGGACAGUUGGUGCUCUAUAAAUUCAACAAGGAAGAGAAGAAACUAGAAAUAAUAAGAAGAGAGAUAGGUCUGAAUGGCUGUCUCAAUUCGAUUAAGUUCUCAAACGUCAGAAGCAAUAAAUUCAAUGAGGUCAUGAUAGCAGUCUCGCACAGCAAAGAAGAGAGAUUCGGAAGAUGGCAUGUGUAGCCUAAGGUCAAGGAUGGCAUCACUAUUCUCAGAAAAAAGUUGGAGAUUAAGGUAGAAGACUUUCCAGGCGGAUGCUUCAUUUACUACGACUACCAGGGGCACAUAAAUUCAGUGGAGAGAUUCCACUAGACUCUGAAGAAAGAGGUUAAGGAGGUUGACUUCAGCAAGUUAAAAGAGAUGACUAUAAUUUAUGAUGAUGCCUUCAACCUCAUGGACGCCAGAUCCUACAGAUGCGCUUUCGGGUUCUUACUUGAAUAAAAAGACUAGGAUCUGAUUGAUAAAUUCACUAAGAUUGGUUAUCAGUGGAUAGUUCUCCCAAGAUCCAAGGCAUUAUAUGGCAGCUUCCCCUACAGGAAUCAAACUAGUUUGACAUUCGGUUCAUAGCGUUUCCUGCCAUCAUGCAUUCAGUACAUAUAUAGAAAUCAGAGAGCAAUGAAGACAGUUGCAUAGAACAUCGAUCAAACUUGUGGCACUAUUGAAAUGAAGAUAGGAAAUCUACUGCACUACUACUUACUUACUGAAAAUCAAGAUAAAUUCUACUUAACUACAAAGGAGUCAUCAUUUGUUAAAAACUUCACUAAGUAUACAAAUCUAUACUAUACUAAGAAAAACAACUGA